UAUAUUCUCUGCGCUAGUUUUAUUUAUUUAUUUGAUAAAAUCCUAUAUUCAAUUACUUCGCAAAUAAAAUUUUCUUUUUUGUUGUUUUCUUUUUCUCUCUGGGCACUGGGCUUUCUCCUUUGAUCUCAAAACUUUAUUAUUUGCUGCUAAAACCCGUUAAAGGCUUUCUCUUUUCAACUUCAAUUUCGAGGGUUUUGAAGGAUGAUGAUGAUAUGAUGAAUCAAGCUACUAAUACACAAACAUUAGCUUCACUUGACCAGAACUCUAUUGAGAACCAAUAUGUUGUUAAUGCAAGUCAAGGGCAGACAUCUUUAUAUGUUCCCUCAACAACUGGUUCUGAAGCUGCAUCAUGGAACAUGUCUAGGGUGGAUAAUCACUCCGCAGAAAAUGGAAGUUUUUUGAAUUCUACUUACCACCAUGUUCAGCACACAGAACUGUCCACAAGAACCGUUCAGGAUGGGUCAAAUGCGGCAUCUCUUGCUACUUCAUUGAGCUUAGGAACGACAAAUGCACAAUCAGACUACAGUAGCUAUAAUUCAUACUCAAAUUCUUCUGAUCCUUAUUCAUAUGGGAGCACAGGAUACCAAGGUUACUAUAAUGGUUAUCUGCAACAAUCUAACCCCACUUACUCUCAACCAGUAGGAGCAUAUCAAAACACAGGUGCUCCUUAUCAGCCUCUUUCCUCAUUUCAGAAUACAGGGUCUUAUGCUGGGCCUGCAAGUUAUUCAAGCACUUACUACAAUCCUGGUGAUUAUCAGACAGCUGGAGGUUACCCAAACAGCAGUUACACUCAUCAGACUACCACAUGGAAUGAAGGCAAUUAUGCAAAUUAUACUACUCACCAAUAUUCAAACUACACUCCAGAUACAAGUGGGGCAUAUGCUGCUGGUAAUGCAGCUACAAAUUCAUUGCAUUAUCAGCAGCAUUACAAACAGUGGGCCGAUUAUUACAAUCAAACGGAAGUUAGUUGUGCCCCAGGAACAGAAAAUUUGUCUGUUGCUAGUACAUCCACUCAGCUGUCUCAGGUGUCUCAGGUUCCUAGUGUUAGUGGUGGAUAUCCCACUUCAAACAGCCAAGCUCCCCCAUCUUUUACCUCAUCUUGGAGGCCAGAGUCCAGUUCAUCUCAAAUGCCUUCGUUGCAGCCUGGUGCAACAGUUACUGGUGCUUAUGAUAGUUACUGGAAGCAUGGGGCUCCAAGUUUUCAAAAUCAGCAUCCUAGUCCUGUACAGCCACAUUUUCUGAAGCCUCUGGAUUCAAAAUCUUCAUAUGAUAACUUUCAGGAACAAAAGAAAACUGCUUGCCCUCAGGCUCCCAAUUUGCAAUAUCCUGCCGCUCAGCAGGCACCUCAAAAUUACCAACCGCCUUUGCAAACUGUUCAAUCAUCAGACACGAGAAGGGUAAGUAAACUGCAAAUUCAAACAAAUCCCAGAAUUGCUUCUAAUUUGCCAUUAGGUUUACCAAAAUUGGACAAGGAUGGCCCUAACAACAGUGCAGUAGCAAAACCUGCUUAUAUCAGUGUUUCACUGCCAAAACCCAGUGAGAAAGUGUUGCCCAAUGAUGCAGCUGAUUCUGUACUCAAGGCUGGUGUGUUCCCAAAAUCAUUAAAGAGUUAUGUUGAAAGGGUAUUGGCUCAAUGUAAAGAUGAAAAGCAAAUGGCAGCUUGCCAGGAAGUCAUGAAAGAGGUAAUUACCAAGGCAACUAAUGAUGGUACACUUCAUACACGGGACUGGGAUGCUGAAUCUCUCUUUCCAAUACCAAAGACAGACAUGGCUGAUAAGAACAAUUUACAAAAUCCAACCCCUGUUUCUUUAUUUCCAAAGUACAAGAAGAGUCCAACUCGACGAUCCAAGAGCAGGUGGGAGCCUUUACUGGAGGAGAAAUCAGUUGACAAAUUGGGUUCUGUCAACAAUUAUGCAGCAAAAUAUAGUAGCUGGGUUCAUGUCAAUGAAAAGGACAGAAAGCCCACUGGUGCAAGUUCUGAGGGGAAGACUGAUGUUAUGAAUAACAUUAGGUUUCCGCUGAUGGAGCAGAAGUCUGCGAGUAAAACUGUCCAGAGGCAGGUUAAGAGGCAGCGUCUUGCUGAUGUGAAUGCUGCUGAUAAUGGUGAUGCAUCUAGUGAUAGUGAUAAGGAACAAAAUUUAACAGCAUAUUAUUCUAGUGCAAUUGCACUCGCUAAUAAUCCAGAGGAAAGAAAGAGACGUGAAAGCCGUUCCAAGCGUUUUGAGAAAAUGCAAGGAAAUCGAGCUGAAAUUAAUCAGUUUAAGGCCAAAAACGCUGGCACUGAAAACCUAUAUGCUAGAAGGGCUAGUGCAUUGGUGCUUAGCAAAAGCUUUGAAGAUGGUGGCAGCAAGGCCGUUGAAGACAUUGACUGGGAUGCACUAACUGUAAAAGGAACAUGCCAGGAAAUAGAGAAACGAUAUUUGCGUCUUACUUCGGCACCAGAUCCCUCCACUGUAAGACCGGAAGAAGUUCUGGAAAAAGCUCUGUUUAUGGUUCAAAAUUCCCAAAAGAACUAUCUUUAUAAGUGUGACCAGUUGAAGUCUAUUCGCCAGGACUUAACUGUCCAAAGAAUUCGUAACCAGCUAACAGUUAAGGUUUAUGAAACUCAUGCUCGAUUGACAUUGGAAGUUGGAGACCUGCCUGAGUAUAAUCAGUGCCAAUCGCAGCUGAAAAUCCUUUAUGCUGAAGGAAUUGAAGGUUGCCAUAUGGAGUUUGCUGCUUACAAUUUACUUUGUGUUAUCAUGCACUCAAAUAACAACAGAGAUCUUUUAUCAUCAAUGUCACGAUUAUCUGAUGAAGCAAAGAAGGAUAAAGCUGUUCAACAUGCACUUGCGGUUCGUGUGGCAGUGACUUCAGGAAAUUAUGUCAUGUUCUUUAGAUUAUACAAAACAGCACCUAACUUGAGUGCCUGCCUUAUGGAUCUUUAUGUCGAGAAAAUGCGAUAUAAGGCUGUAAGCUGUAUGUCUAGGUCUUAUCGUCCUCAGGUACCUGUUUUAUACAUUGCUCAGGUGCUGGGCUUUAGCAGCAGUAUUCCUACAAAUGGAGGAAGUGAUGAGAAAGACUCAGAGGGAUUGGAGGACUGUGUUGACUGGUUGAAGUCACAUGGUGCAUGCCUUAUUGCAGAUAGUAAUGGAGAGAUGCAGCUUGAUACUAAGGCUUCGUCUUCAAGUCUUUAUAUGCCAGAACCUGAAGAUGCUGUGGCCCAUGGAGACGCUAGUCUAGCUGUUAAUGAUUUUCUGACGCGGACAUCAUAGGCUAGUUGUUUGUGCUUAAAUUGUAUUUGAAAGCAUUAGUGAGAAGAUUAAGUGGAAAUUUUUGCUAUCCUUAGUCUGAUGCACAACAGAGAGACUGGAUUAUUUUGAAGAGCUGCUGGCUUGCCGGCAAGUGUGAAGAAGUUAAGCCUGAGUGCCAUCGGUGUUGCUUGUAACCUAAGAGAGAGUUAGAUCACAUUUGUAUACCAUGAAAUACUAACUCAAAAGAAUCCAAAUUCUCUCAGAAAUGCAUGUUAGGACAGCAGAGAGUGCUUGAGCUAGCAUUGUAGUUUUUGUUCUUGUUUCUCUUUCAAAACAUCCAUUCAUUGUUUCUGGGUGAAGACAGAAUAUAGAUGUAUUUGAGGAAGAAGAAAAUAAGGAAAAUUAAUCAGUAUGUUUGAUAGAUGAAUGCUUUAGAAUUUCGAGUUUCAAUGUGCUAUUAUUAGGUCUUUCUUGAUAUGAAAAUAUGGCAAAAUGUAGCAAAUAAUACAUGCCCAGUUUUUCAGUUUGAAUGAAAAUUGAUCGACCAUGACCUUAUGGUCUUCAUAGAUUUCUUUGUUUUAGUUGUGGCUUGCUUUCCUUUCUCAACUUUUGGUUUUCUGAAUUUCAGUAGGAUGUAAAGGGUUAAGAACCUUUUGAAAAUUAUUUCUCAUUUUGUUAAAUUUAUAAUUUCCUACUCAUUGUUA